GAAGAAGACCACACAAAACUGAAAAAGAAAGUUAGGAAAAUUAAUGUCAAAAUUGCAAAGCAGAGGCGCCGAAAAGGGAGCGCUCCAAGAUUUCCAAAGCAUGAUAACCCUAAAAUAAAAAUUAGCAGUAAAGCUUUUUGUGAUGCAGACUUCAGUUCCAGUGAGGUUGAUGAUGCAG